GUACAUAUACAUAUAUAUGUGUUACUCUAGUCUGCCGCUCUUGUAUUUCGAAAAACUACCUAUCUGUAUUACGAAAGGUGUAGACAAAAUACAGUGAGCAUAGCAUUUUGGGGAAAUUGUACGAAAAUUUAAUUUUUUCUAUAAUAUCACAAAACAAUUGGAAAUAAACAACAGCCUUGCCUUUCUCGUGCUAGAGUUUCUCGAAAGAAAGGAUGGAGGAUAAGUUUAUUAUUAUUAGAUCUGGUUGUGUAUGUAUAAACAGACUUGUUGUUUGCAAGUGAAUUUACUGCCUGAUUACAUUAAAGAAAUCAACAGUGCUUCAAAUAGUGAAUAUUUAAUAAAGAAUAAAAAGUAAUAAUGGGUAAGUAAUAAUGGGUAAAAAGUACAAUUAUAAACACUUACCCCUUUCUCUUCGCCGAAAAUCCAUGAAAAAAGGCUGGAUAAAAAGACGGCGAAUGUUAAGACAGGAAAUGCUUUUGGAAAGUACAGCACAAGCUGAGAACGCUCAGAAUACUGAGGAUGCUCAAAAUACUGAGAAUGCAACUAAUAUUCAGAUUUUUGUUGCCGAUGGAAUCUUGCCUGAUCUCAGUCAAAUUAAGGAAGAAAAAGCUGAUGAUUAUGAGAAACCAUUAGAAGCAUAUGAAAAAGAAAAUAUAUGCAAUAGUAAUAUUGAUUAUUACAGGAAUGAUGAGGAUAAUUUGGUUAAGGAUAACGAAUAUAGCGUGGAGAACGAAGAAAAAGUAGAGAUAUAUGAAGAAUAUAUAGAAAUAUAUGAAGAAGAAGGAGACACACAUAAUGAAAACGUUGAAAAGUGCGAAGAGGAGGAUUCAAUUAUAGACAACAAGGAGGAUUCAAUUGUAGACAAGGAGGAUUUAAGUACAGACAACAAGGAUUUAAUUAUAGACAACAAGCAGGAUUUAAUUGUAAACAACAUACCUGUAACAUACCCAGUAAACAUACCUGCAGGCCGUUACAUAGUGGAUUUCUCUUUUAUGUGGAACGAGAUGCAUCGCCUAUUCGAUGAUCAUGCACAGAAGCCAGAAUGCCAGUUCAAAUAUUGGCAACUUGUAAAUUUUUUUCGUCGUGGAUUAUUAACACAAUUGUGGUUUCAAUGUCAAAUAUGCAAACUGCAAGCAAGUCUUUGGACAGAACCUAUAGAUUUGGAAAAAGGUAUUAAUGUAGCUGCUGCAACUGGAUGUGCGAAAGCAGAUAUUGGUUAUUCCAAAAUGAAAAAACUAUGUACAGCUAUGAACAUUAAAUGUAUGUCUGAGAAGACUUAUAUAAAAAAUCGAAAUAAUUUAGUUCAUAAAAAGACUGUUCUAAAGAAUACUAGAGCAGACUCUUUUUAAAAUUAAUUUCAGAAGUAUAUUUUGCAAAUCAAGAUUACAUUAU